AUGACGGAACAAACGAUUGUCAUAGAUAUCGGCUCUGGCUUUCUGAAGGCUGGUUGGAGCGGCUACAAUCAGCCCCAGAUGAUCCAGCCGAGCAUCGUGAGCUUCACGGCAAAUUACGAGGGCCCCUGCUCCAGCAAGGACCGACCAAGGAUGCAUUUUGGCAUUAAUGAGCAGAACCCCGAUGCCAUUAGCCACCCCAUCCAUCAGGGCCGUAUCAACAACUGGGAGGCCAUGGAAUUCCUCUGGUCAUUUAUCUUGGAGAAGCUCACGUGGAAUGUGGCGGAGACUCGCGUUUUGCUCGCAGAAUCCACCCUGAGGACUGCGCAGGAGCGAAAGAAGACCCUGGAGAUCAUGUUUGAGCGGCUGGGAGUCCAUUCCAUCCUGCUGGCCGACGAGCUCCAGCUGUCCCUGUUUGGGCAGGGCCUCCUCUGUGGCGCGGUGAUGGACUGUGGCUUUGGCCUCACCCGGGUGCAGUGCUUUUCUCGGGGCAAACCUUUAGUGAAGACCAAGCAGGUGAUGAAAUGGGGGGACCAGAACAUAUCUACCUACCUCCUCGAAGACCUCUUUACAGAAAUGGACCGUGAGAGCCAAGCGGCGAAGCUAAGGAAAGUCUCCAUCAUCCAGAUGCAAGCCUGCCAUGUGCCAGAGGAGUUUAAGUCUGUUGAGGACAUGGGGCCAGACUCGGAGACAGGCAGCAACUUCCAGCUUCCUGAUGGCAACUUCGUGACCCUGGGCCACAACCACAGGACAGCUCCCGAGAUGUUUUUCAACCCCCAUAUCUUCAACUUGUCAGGGCCCAGCCUCCCCCAGGCUGUCCUCAACUCCAUCAAGUCUUGCCCGAUGAACUUGCAGCCGAAUCUUGUCUCCAACCUCUUGGUCUGCGGUGGGGCCUCCCUCUACCGUGGCUUCACUCAGCGCCUUAAUGCGAUGCUGGUUCAGGAGCAUUUCUCCAAGAUGUACAGUAAAGUUGCUCUCCGGGCCAAUUCUACCCGGAACUUUAGCGUCUGGCUCGGAGGGUCUGUGUUGGCUCAUUUGUCCUCUUACAAACAUAGGUGGAUAAAAAAAGUAGAGUAUAAGGAGCGGCUGUAA